CCCCGGACGAGAUGCUGCUGCUGGCGCGAUGUCUGCUGCUGGCGUUCGUCUCCUCGCUGCUGCUGUGCUCGGGGCUGGCGUGUGGACCCGGCAGGGGAUUCGGGAAGAGGCGGCACCCCAAAAAGCUGACCCCUUUAGCCUACAAGCAGUUUAUCCCCAACGUGGCGGAGAAGACGCUCGGGGCCAGCGGAAGAUACGAAGGGAAGAUCUCGAGAAACUCGGAGCGGGUCAAGGAGCUCACCCCCAAUUACAACCCCGACAUCAUAUUCAAGGAUGAGGAGAACACCGGCGCGGACAGGCUGAUGACUCAGAGGUGUAAGGACAAGUUAAAUGCUUUGGCCAUCUCGGUGAUGAACCAGUGGCCAGGAGUGAAGCUUCGCGUGACCGAGGGCUGGGACGAGGACGGCCACCACUCGGAGGAGUCGCUGCACUACGAGGGCCGCGCUGUGGACAUCACCACGUCGGACCGUGACCGCAGCAAGUACGGCAUGCUGGCGCGCCUGGCGGUGGAGGCCGGCUUCGACUGGGUGUACUACGAGUCCAAGGCUCACAUCCACUGCUCCGUGAAAGCAGGGUCCAUCCGCGCCUGGGUGCUGCCGGCCCCCCUCGUGACGAACCGCACCCCGCUCCUGUCCAACGCCUGGGUCGGCUCUUCGUCGUCUAUCAUUGAACAGCUAAAGAAGUCGCGGAGACUUCCGGCCGUGUCUGUUCUGUGGCCGAGUCCCUGUCCCGCCCUGUCCCCUGCCAUUCUCACUUCGCUGAGCAAAAAGCGCGCCGCCCCCACCCGCGGUCCUGAACGGAAACCGGUGGGGAGAAGGGGCCGGGCGGAGUCCGGGGCUGUGGACACUGCCCCAGCGCGAGGUUCGGUUGGAAUUCGAAAGAUCGCCCACCCCAUCUCGCUGGUCACUGGGGGCCAGAGGGGACUCGGGAGGGGAACAGACCCGGUGGCCUGGCUGGUCACAGAAACGGGCUCCGGGUCCCGCUCCGAGGCGACGCGGAAGCUGGGAGAUUCCGUUCUCAGCGGGCGACGUCGGUUUUCAGGAGGACGGCAGCUAUGGGCCCAGAUGGCGGAGACCCGUUUAGAGAAGAAGGUUCCGGAAUCUGAACGAUGA